ACACACACACACACACGCACACACACACACACACACACACACACACUAUGAACACUAAAAAGAAAAAAAAGAACAAAAAACCCCGUUCUUUUUUUAUUCAAUCAUUGACGUAGACAAUAAACAAGGGUGGGGGCGUGAUUUGUCGCUGGAGAUCAGCAGAGAAGCCUCCUGAUAUAGGCGGGUGAGCGACGAUAUUGUUCAAACAUAUUCCUGUCUGUCACCGGUAACUCGAGUUCCUUCAGUUAAGAACAUCGCCACCAAGAAAUCAUGUCUGCAUCGUCGUUGAUGUCGUUGUUGGCCAAGUCAACAUCAUCACCGGAGGAUUUGUUAAAUAAUGAUAUAAUUAAACAUUUUACCAAAAUAGAAGAUGAAGAGGGAAAUAGCAAGUUUGUUAUUUGCCAUGAUGGUGUCAUCUACCCGCCAAUUCCUUCACUUUUGGAAUGUCUACCAAGAAUUUCUACAUUCAAGAAAAAGUCUGAUGAUGUUUUCAUUUGCGCAUAUCCUUACAGCGGAACUCAUUGGAUGUGGGAAGUGACCAGUAUGAUUUUAAGGAGGAAAGCUGAAAGAAUAGGUGGUGUCAAAGAGGAAAUGAUGCUGGAAGUUAUACCCCAGCCACAAUUGGAAAACAUAGAGUCCCCACGAGUGCUCAAUACUCACAUUUUGCCAAGUGUACUCCCUUCAGACGUAAUAUCUGAAGGCAAAAUUAUAUUGAUGAUGCGUAACCCCAAGGAUGUUGCUGUUUCUGCUUACAGGCAAUUAACUGGUUCAAUUUAUAAUACGUACGAAGGAAGUUUUUCGAAUUUCUUCAAUUUGUUUAUAAAGGGUCAAGUGUUUUAUGGUGACUAUUUUAAAUAUCAUUUAUCAUGGUUAAAGGCUAUUCAAGACAAACCUAAUGUGUUAAUCGUCUCUUAUGAAGAAGCUUCUCAGGACCUUGAAAAUGUUGUGUCUAAAAUCGCUAAAUUCCUUCAAGUUGAAUUGGAACCAGACCUGUGCAAAGACAUUGCUGACUUGUGCACAUUUAAGAAGAUGAAAGCUGAGAAGAAAUCGGAAAAUAUCGGACCACUUCCUACAGUUUUAUGGAAGCCAAAUGUUUCAUUUUACCGUACUGGUAAAGUUGCCACUUGGAAGAAUUGGCUUACAGUGUCACAGAGUGAAAGAUUAGAUGAACGCCUCGAUAAAGAACUGGAAGAUUAUGCCAACCUGAUCCAAUUCAAUAUCUAACCAGAAUCCACAUGAUUAAGCAUCUAUAUUUAAAAACUGUUUGUGUGUGUGUGUGUGUGUGUGUGUGUGUGUGUGUGUGUAUGUGUGUGUGAUUUAAGUUCUUUUGUAGAAUUCAAGGGUUGUCACAAAUAAUGUAUCAAGACAUUUGCUUGGAUUAAAUCUGUUCCCUGGACUUGUGAGUAUGUUAGUGUAUGCAUAUGACUAGUUUUUUCUUUGUACUGAUAUACUUGUACUCUGGUUCACGAUAGUGUGUGUGAUUGCUUUUAAUGUAUGCAUAUAAGUAUGUAUGUAUGAACACAUGUAUAUACAUAUGUAAAUACUAGCUGGUUUACUUGGUAAUUCCCGGGGGUAAAGAUGUUCUAUUGAAACGCCAUGUUACUCUGAUAUAAGAAAGCAAUAUUGUUAUAACUGUCACAAAAGAUGUAUUUUCCGUCAAAAAACUGUCAGCUGGAAGAGGGAGAGAUUGUUGGAGGUUGGAGAGAGUGGUUUUUGGAGGUUAGCAAGAAAGAUUGUCAGAAGUUGGUGAGAGAGGUUGUACAAAUAUAUGAAUGAAGUGUUUGAAAAAAGUGCAAUAAUAAUGUUCAUACUCACUGAUGGUCACUCUCAGUAACUGCCUUUAGCUUAUGGAGUUCUUGUUUUUAUAACUAUCGAAAAGUAGCCAGAAGGAUAGACAUAUCGUUGAGAACAAAUGAUUUUGUUGGAGGUUUGUUAUCUCCAUUCCAGCCAGUGGUGGCUAGAAAAGGUUAGAAGGGCCAAGUGGCAAAGACAUUAUUCUGC